GGGACCUUUUACGUGUAUUUCAUUAAGCGUAGACAAACCCAUGUCUUCUUUUCUCAUUUUUAUCUUUCACACGAUUUUUUCGGAUGCAAUGGUAUAAACUACAAGAAAAAGGAAAAAAAAAAUGAAAAUGAACAAAAACCAUUUCUUUGUUUCUCUUUCCUUCUCUCUUAUAAAACAUAUUACAUCCCUCUCUCUCUCUCUCUCUCUCUCAAACCUUUCUUUGGUAUGACUUUUGUAGGGAAUAGUUCAAAAUGUACGAAGACUCAUCAAGCGUCUCAACGGCAGAGAGUGCACUAGAAUGCCCGACAGGUACAGACACCGAGCUGAUAAGAAUCGGAGGCGCCGAGCUCUCGUUGAUUGGCCACGAUAGAAGUAUCAAUGCCAUACGCUCAGGCGAAUUCACGAUCCGGAUCAUUCGACAGUCGAUUAGCCCUCUAUCGGCGGCCAUCUGUACGGUGGGUGAACAUCAAUGGCCAAUAGCUAAGGACUCUCCGGUUCUGCGAGUCGGACCAAAGAGAUUCUGCUUCACAUUGCCGGGCUUUUUCUAUGGAUUGACAUUUUCGGAUAGCUGUUUGGAGGAUGAUUUAAAGAGAUUAAAAGGGAUUCUGAUGAUGUUUUGUUCUUAUGAAGAUAAUUCAGUGUCAGCUAGAUGGACGGUCACGAUCUACCAUUUGUACUGCCGCAUGGAUGUUGAAAGAUGGCCCUUCCUUUCAUGCCAACAUGUCACUCGUGUCGAACAUCCAAGCCUUGCAAAAUGUGUGCCACGCCAUAAAGAUCACCUAGUGGUGAAAGCGAUGUCCGAGGAUGGUCUGACUCAGUAUGCAGAUUCCAGUCUUUGCAUGCCUGGAGCUGAAACCGAAUUCUGGCAGUCGGCAUUACCAGGCAUCGAGAAUCUUAGCUACCAGAUGCUUGAGAAGAUCACCGCAGGCCAGGCAAAAUCUACAGUCUGGGCUGAGAAUUCAAACAGCAUAAGCAACAAAGUACAGAAGGCCAUCAGAAUGUCAGCAGUGGUGAAGCUGGUAUCCAAAGCUCUCCUCAAAGGAGCCAUAGAUCUCAAUCUCCAUGUCAACGUUGUGGGGCGCAUAUUAACAUCGACCAACGACAGGAAACAAUGCAGAACCUCUGCCUUUGCAAGCAUACGUGUUUUUUCCGAUCUGGUUGAUGCCGUAGAGACGGCUGGCCGUAGCAUCACAAGCAAUGCCAAACAUCGGAUUACAUGGAGUAGCGGAAGGUAUUGGAAUUUUAAUAAAUCCGGACUGACGUUGCUCCUCCGGGCAGUGGCAGCGACUGCCAUGGUUCAUGUUGUGAGGAAUUCAAUUGAGGUUGGAUCUGAGUUUAUCCGUCCUGUGACUGAUUUAACCAGUGAUUCAUGCCUGACUGAGUCGAUCUCGGUAGAGAAACCGGUGGAAGCUUGUGGAUUGUGAAUAGGGGAGGGAUUGAGAGUGGUGGUAGGGUAUACUGUCAAUAGAAAGAAUGGUUAUCCAUUUGGGUGUUUGGUGUGAAUUUCUCAGUAGUUGGGUUGAGGUUUGUUUAAACUUUUCUUUUGUAAGGCUGUUUGGUUGCACUAAAUUCAGGAUCAAUUAGAGGGCGGCACCUGUACC